AGUUUAGAUAAGUUCAACUAUGAGUUCCAUAUUGACCAAGUUCCAAAAUAUAUUCAUAAAGAUAUAUCUAUGUUUAAAUAAAACUAAGGAUGACCUUGGAUUAAUGCAGUUUUUUCUAGGGAUCAUCUGGAGUACUCAAUCAAUCUAUUAUUUUGUAUUCCCUGAAAUUUCUGCUGUACAUAAUCGCCUUAUUUAUGCUUACGAGCAGCGCUCAAACACUUCAGACUUCAGCUGACUGUCUUCGACGCCAACUUGCUAGGCUCUUGAUUUAUUGUCCUAUUAAUCACAGCUCAUACAGGGCCACAAAGGAUCUAUUACAACUGGUCGCAACUCGCAAGCUACGCACACGCGCCUUUGGAUCUCUUGCGAUUGAUAUGACACUGCUACCAUCUAGUGUCAUGUUCUUUACAUCUUACACUGUUAUAGCUUUGCAAUUUAAUAAUGUAGUUUAA